UUCCCAAUCAACUGCUAUGCAUAUUGAGGCCCUGCUUCCUAGGAUGUGGCCAACCAUCACUUGCUGAUGGAAAGUAGAGAAUAGUUUUCUCUCUUUCCUUCUGUGUGGCUUUUGCUUGUUUUUUCUUUCUUUUUCCUUUAAUUAAAUUAUCCUUAUCUCAACCUGUGAGCCUUCCCCCCCCAUCACAUUUUCUCCCUCCCUUCUUCUUUUGAGUAUGGGGAGAGAGCAGUGUGGUGGAGUUUAGCUACCCAUCAGUGUGAAAUCACCACAAUCCUGAGCCUGCUACUGUGGCUCAUCAGCUUUAUUUUUUUCUCCGUUUAAUUUGAGGAAUCAGUAUGAUUCUGAAUGGUGUAUUUUAGCGAAUCCCGAAAUAAAAAGAAUCAUUUCUAAUUUACGCACUGUGGAAAUUGCAGGCACACCGCCACUCGCUAAAAAUUAACCAGAACAGAUGUAUGAUAACAGUGUUUUUACAGAUCUCUCAACACUAAGGCAAACAUAUUUUAAUUGCGUUCCCUUUACUCGCGGCGGGUUGCGGCACGAAGCUUCUCACCUUGGAGCGGCUCCAAGCCGGACCAUUUGCGAAGCAAAGCGGCAACGUUAUACUCGCACCACAGACAGGCCCGCGCGGAAACGCGCCCGCGGCACGGGCUGUGGGCCGCGGGCACCCCACGGCGCGCGGGGCGCCCCCGUCUUAAUGGUCCGCGACUAUCACAGUAUCGCUGAUAGAGUGGAAAGAGUUGGGGGUGCGGCUGAGGGAACCGCUUCACGGGCCGCGCCGGUCACGCAUGAGGACAGCCACCGCGACUCUUGUCGUCCCCCACCCGUCCUCCGAGGACUCUCCCAGAAGCUCUGUCCCCGGCCAAGGCGAUAGAGGCUGGCCAGCCCUAGCCUUUCCUCACGCGAGGGUAGUCGCCUCAGCCAUUACCAUAUUUCCCUGCUGUGAGCGCAGUUCCCUUCACCCCGCCUCCACCCUUAGCGUUUCCAGCAGAGGUGAACAGCUUGCUCCCCCCAAUUCCAUUUUCUACAAGGUGUCAGAGAGGGAGCGCCACCAGGCCCCACCCUCCUUUUUCCCACCAUGCGCGCAAGGCGCAGCCUGAGUUUGCGUGCCUGACAUCAGCGAUGUGGGUGGGGAGAAAGAAGGGCGACACAGCGGCAUAGUAUCCUCGCGCCGGGUGGUGGUGGUGGUGGUGGUGGGGAUGGUGGUGUUGGGUGGGGGGCGGGCGGACGCGUGUGUGAAGCAUCAUUUCUUCUCCCCACUCCUCCCUGCCAGCGCGAGCAGUAAGCCUUCCUCUAGCAAUUCUAUUUCUGUUUGUGCCGGCGAUUUGCAUAUGGUGCCGACCCCCCCCCCCCCCCCCUUGGGUGAAGCAAAGUACCCGUCCCUUACCCUUAUAUGGUAGAGGGGCGGGGCCAUCGGCCUUCCUGGUGCCGUUUAUAGGGUAUAGGCACUUCCGUCGCCUGUUUAGAAGCGGUGUGAUCAUGGCGGAGCGCGGUCAGCUCCCUCUUCCCGCAAAGCGUUUCUGCUGCAGACCCGGCUAUGGUUCGAGCUGUAGGCCAGGCCAGCGGGUGGGCUGCGCCGGACCUGGCAGCGGGGUGUUCUGUGCCGGAUCCUCUUCUUCCUCCGCAACAGUAGCAGUUGCUGCUACCACCACCGUUGCCCUGGGAUUGCUGCCGCUUGGUAAGACCCAGAGCCCCGAAUCCCUGCUGGACAUCGCGGCUCGCAAGGUGGCGGAGAAGUGGCCCUUCCAGCGGGUGGAGGAGCGAUUCGAGCGGAUCCCGGAGCCGGUACAGCGCAGGAUCGUCUACUGGUCCUUUCCCCGCAGCGAGAGAGAGAUUUGCAUGUACUCCUCCUUCAAUACCGGCGCUGAGGACCCCACCACCCCUGGGGGGAUUGCCGUCAGUACCGCACCCGGUGAUACUGCAGACGCUGCCGCCGACGAAAGUCGCCUGCCCUUCCGCAAGGGUAUAUCUCUGCUCGAUGGUGGCUACGUCGAUAACGUUCUGCAAGUCGGUUUCCACUUGAGUGGCACGGUGACAGAGCCUGCAAUGCAAUCGGAGCCAGAAACUGUUUGCAAUGUAGCUAUCAGCUUUGAUCGUUGCAAGAUUACCUCAGUGACCUGUAGCUGUGGAAACAAGGAUAUAUUUUACUGUGCCCACGUUGUGGCACUCUCUUUAUACCGGAUCCGCAAGCCAGAUCAAGUCAAACUGCAUCUUCCCAUUUCAGAGACACUCUUUCAAAUGAACAGAGACCAACUACAAAAAUUUGUACAGUAUUUGAUCACAGUGCACCACACAGAAGUUUUGCCAACUGCUCAAAAAUUAGCAGAUGAAAUUCUUUCUCAGAAUUCAGAAAUCAAUCAAGUCCAUGGUGCUCCUGACCCAACAGCAGGUGCUAGCAUAGAUGAUGAAAACUGCUGGCAUUUGGAUGAGGAACAGGUCCAAGAACAAGUUAAACUCUUCCUCUCCCAGAGCGGAUACCAUGGAUCAGGGAAGCAGCUCAAUUUGCUUUUUGCAAAGGUGCGAGAGAUGCUAAAGAUGAGAGAUUCAAAUGGAGCUCGCAUGUUGACAUUGAUAACAGAACAGUUCAUGGCCGACCCUCGUCUGUCACUUUGGAGACAACAAGGAACUGCAAUGACUGACAAGUAUAGGCAGCUCUGGGAUGAACUUGGUGCUCUGUGGAUGUGUAUAGUUUUAAAUCCCCACUGCAAGUUGGAGCAGAAGGCCAGUUGGCUAAAACAGCUGAAAAAAUGGAACAGUGUGGAUGUUUGCCCCUGGGAAGAUGGAAACCAUGGAAACGAGGUGCCCAAUUUAACCAAUGCUUUGCCUCAGGGUGAAAAUGCUAACCAAGAUUCAUCAAACAGGCCCCAUCGGACGGUGUUCACUCGAGCCAUUGAGGCAUGUGAUCUUCACUGGCAGGACAGCCACUUACAGCACAUUAUCAGCAGUAACCUAUACACCAACUACUGUUACCAUGACGACACUGAAAACUCGCUCUUUGACUCUCAUGGGUGGCCCCUCUGGCAUGAACAUGUUCCUACAGCCUGUGCGAGGGUGGAUGCAUUACGAUCUCAUGGAUAUCCAAGAGAAGCACUGAGGCUGGCAAUAGCUAUUGUUAAUACACUAAGAAGGCAGCAGCAGAAACAGCUGGAAAUGUUCCAGGCUCAGAAGAAAGAACUUCUCCACAAAGGAGUAACCUCAAUAACGAAUCUUGAAGGUUUGGUGGGACACCCUUUGGAUCCGAUUGGCACCCUCUUCAGUAGCCUGAUGGAAGCCUGCAAAGUGGAUGAUGAGAGCUUCCAUGGAUUCUCAGACUUCACAGAGAACAUGGAGCAAUGCAAAUCUCUGGAGUACCAUCACCUGCCUGCACACAAAUUCUUAGAAGAAGGGGAGUCUUAUUUAACUCUGGCUGUGGAAGUAGCAUUGAUAGGGCUGGGACAACAACGAAUAAUGCCAGAUGGCUUGUACGCACAAGAGAAGGUUUGUCAAAAUGAGGAGCAGCUGAUUUCUAAACUACAGGAAAUUGAAUUGGAUGAUAUUCUGGUGAAGAUUUUUCGAAAACAAGCAGUCUUCUUAUUAGAAGCUGGACCAUAUAGUGGUUUAGGUGAAGUCAUCCAUCGAGAGAGUGUUCCAAUGCACACAUUUGCCAAGUAUCUCUUCACCUCUCUCCUACCUCAUGAUGCUGAAUUAGCAUACAAAACUGCACUGAGAGUCAUGCGGUUGCUAGUAAUGGAAUCUAUGGCUCCUUCAGGAGACAUGUCCCGCCCGCAUCACAUUGCAUCAGUUGUUCCAAACCGGUAUCCCCGCUGGUUCACCCUAAGUCACAUCGAAUCCCAGCAGUGUGAGCUGGCAUCAACCAUGCUAACAGCAGCCAAAGGUGAUGUUAGGAGGCUGGAAACAGUGUUACAAUCCAUCCAGAAAAAUAUCCACUCCUCAUCACACAUCUUCAAACUUGCCCAGGAUGCAUUUAAAAUAGCAACACUCAUGGAAAGCUUGCCAGACAUCACUCUUCUGAAAGUUUCUCUGGAGUUGGGCCUUCAGGUGAUGCGGAUGACGCUGUCAACACUGAAUUGGCGACGGCGGGAAAUGGUGAGGUGGUUGGUAACAUGUGCAACAGAAAUAGGUGUUUAUGCACUGGAUAGCAUCAUGCAAAGCUGGUUUACACUUUUCACUCCAACAGAAGCCACUAGUAUUGUUGCUACAACAGUGAUGUCCAACAGUACCAUUGUCCGUCUGCAUCUGGACUGCCAUCAGCAGGAGAAGCUGGCUGGCAGUGCUAGGACGCUUGCUCUACAGUGCGCCAUGAAGGAUCCUCAAAACUGUGCCCUCUCUGCACUGACGUUAUGUGAAAAGGAUCACAUAGCUUUUGAGACUGCUUACCAAAUCGUUCUAGAUGCUGCUACAACUGGCAUGAGCUACUCACAACUUUUUACUAUAGCACGAUACAUGGAACACCGUGGUUACCCCAUGCGGGCCUACAAGCUGGCCACUUUGGCCAUGACGCAUCUCAACCUGAGUUACAAUCAGGAUACACACCCUGCUAUUAAUGAUGUUCUGUGGGCAUGUGCGCUCAGCCACUCCCUUGGGAAAAAUGAGCUAGCAGCUAUAAUACCUCUGGUGGUCAAAAGUGUCAAAUGUGCAACAGUACUGUCAGACAUUUUGCGUAGGUGUACUUUGACCACUCCUGGCAUAGUGGGACUUCAUGGAAGGAGGAACUCUGGUAAGCUCAUGUCACUGGACAAAGCCCCUUUAAGGCAACUCUUGGAUGCCACGAUCGGAGCCUACAUUAAUACGACUCAUUCACGUCUCACUCACAUCAGCCCUCGACACUAUAGUGAGUUUAUAGAGUUCCUUAGCAAGGCCCGAGAGACCUUUUUAAUGGCUCAUGAUGGGCAUAUCCAGUUUACACAGUUUAUUGACAACCUAAAACAAAUCUACAAAGGCAAAAAGAAACUGAUGAUGUUGGUUCGUGAACGCUUUGGUUGAUGAAAAUGUGUGAAUGUGGGUGGGGGUUUGGGGGGAGGGAAAGGGUGGUUUGUUUCUACUUGAGCCUGCCUUUGUAUCCUUUUUAACUUAAAGAAACAGAGCCACACCGGUAUUAUAUGUGUAUAGUUAUAUUGAGUUUGCAAACUAAACUGUCAUGUUGUGAAAGUUUGUGUGUUUAUUUUUUUUUCUCCUUUUUUCUGUUAUGUAUGAGAGAGAGAGGUUAAAAAAGGUUUGGUUUACACUGAGUAUAUGUUGUCAAGUGGCAAAAGCCCACAUCGCUCUCCUGUUCUUUCUGUAUAUGUUCACAGCCUCAAAAACAAGCAUAUAUUGCAAUGGCUUUAACAAACAAACAAAACACCUCCAUCCUGUGAUAAGUACCUCGAAUGGAUCCAGCUUUACUCCUUUGUAACUCAUCCUUACAUUUCAGCAUAUUUAAACAAAGCAACAAAUGAAAUACUAAUAGUUAUAAGGCUGACCACGUGGCUUUGCAGUGCUGUUCAUCCAGAAGCAUGGCACACAAUGCUUGUGCAUGUGGAAACUUAGCAACUGUCAACAUACAUUCUCAGGGAUUUAUCAAAAAAUAAUAAAAAAAAGAAUGAGAGCAUUUAUUGUACUGUAUAUAUAUUAUAGUAUAUGUCUGAAUACUGAAAAAUAUAACAUUAAUUUAUAUAAAAAAAAUCUAUGUAAUGCAAAAUACUUGAAGCUGCAGUAGCUUGGUUUUAAACAAAAAAGAAAACCUAUAAGAAGGAUUAAAGUGCGCCUUGCUUCAGGGUUGGCUCAGGUGGUGAACCAUAUGCUGGGCAUCUAUGCACAGCCACCUUUUGGAUAGCAUGGUUGGACUGAUACCUAUUGGGGGAAGGUGUUUUUUUUAUAUAUAUAUAUAUUUAUACAACUUGUGUAUACAUAUAUAUAUACACACAUGCUUGUAACAAGCACUGUAGUAAAGAGGGACAACAAAAAAUACGCAGCGAGAACAGCAAGCCUUAGCAUUAAGAAUACAGUAUGCCAGAAUUGGGGUUUGUGCCUCCUAGCCUAGAAAGCUUAAAGAAAUAUCCUUUUGACACAAAACACAUAAUGUUUUCCAAAAUGAUUGACAUGACAUGUUAUGCCUUUGCAGUGAGCUAACCUUUGUGCACAAAUAACAUAUAUAUAUUAUAUAUAUACCUUCUGCAUAGGUAUUUUGACUUUGUGCAGGACAGAAAGUUGUGUAGGUAUGACUGUUCUACUUUUCAGUUUGUUUUUUAAAUAUAUUUUAUUUUCUCUAGAAUUACUCAAACAAAAGCAGCCUUCUAUCUUGCCUUGUCUUAAUGCUUUAAAAUAACCAAACUGAAGAUCUAAUUACCAAACUGUUCAUUAUAUUAUUAAAUACCAACUUUGGUUACAGUACAGUGUCUUUACUUUAGCUGAUGGUUCUGUAUCCUUGUGCUUUUUAAAGCAGUUUUUAUGUUUUGGUGCAAAAGUUGUCCAGUGUCUCUUGUUCCCUUCAUUAGAGAACAUGAUAGAGGUAUGUUUGGUAGGUAUUUUUGUUUAGAAAAACUGUUUCAUGCUCUCCAUUUUAUUUAUUAUAAUAGGUAAAAAGGUUGUACUUCAUCAUCCAUGUAAACAUACUCAUGAAGUUGAAAGUAAUUAAGAUUUGAUACACUGAUAUCAAUUUAUUUAUGUAACUAAAUCACUGUUUUAUAAACUUGUUAAUGAUCAACAGUUUUUUUUGGUUUGAUUAAAAUUAGUUUUUUGAAAGUUG